AUUCACGGCACAAAUAUCCAGUCAGUUUACGGCAGCUACUAUAGCAGGCUGUUGUCUGGUCUAUCGUAUCUGUAAAAGGAGCUGGAAGUUCAGCAGUGCAGCCUUGAUAUGUCAUCUGAACCCAAGGAGCCUAGUGGGAUGAAGGCAGAAUCGCAGAAAGAGAAAGGCUUCAAAACCCCAGGGCUGAGAGGAGUUCAGACAACCACUCUGUUUCGUGCAGUCAAUCCAGAGCUCUUCAUUAAGCCAAACAAACCAGUCAUGGCCUUUGGACUCCUAACAAUCUCACUGUGUGUGGGGUAUCUUGGUUAUCUUCAUGCCACUGCAGACAAUCAAAAGGACUUGUAUGAGGCCAUUGACAGUGAAGGAGUUCAUUACAUGAGAAGAAAAACUUCAAAAUGGGAUUAAAGCAGGACAUACCUUUUUUUAUUGAAGAAUAUAUAUGGGCACGUGUCAAAGUGCGGCAAGCUUAAAAAGCCUCAACAAGAGAACUAUGGACCAGAACAAAAAGCACAAAAGAAAUUUGUUUUCAUGGAGUUAAAAAAUGAAUUUAUGCAUUUCAAAUUAAAAAAAAAAAAAUCAAACUAUUCUCUCAUUUCCAUAAAUAUACAAACAACUCUAUUCAAAAGCUAAAAUAUAAUUUAUGAAUAUUAUGAUAGACUGCCAGUGAAAACAGUAGUCAUUAAAUGUGUUUGGUUUUCUAUA